AUGACCUUUGAGUAUCUGUUCUGUGGUUUACAGGCCAAUGAACCUACGGUACCAUCGGCCACCGGUACGGACGUUUGGACGAAUUAUGUGGAAAAUGGUCGGGUCAGAUUCGAUCGUCUCCAUUCAGUCAACGCAGUGCUUGCGUUCGAACGGAACGCUGCUGGUGCAGCCGAGCCCAUGGAGCUGCCUUUAAUAUCGAAGAAGGAGUUAUUCGAGAAGUUGAAACAGAAGAACGAACAACGAAACCAAAUCGAACUCGAUAAACAAAAACUACCGGAGAAUCAGCAGAUUGGACACUUCGGACAAGAAACUAAAGUUGACAUGGUGGAACUUCCUGAUUCCAACGAGGGUGAUUACAAAGAGAUGGUCAGUUCAUUUGCUUUUUGGAUGGUUUGA